UGAAAUAACAAAAGUGAACAAACCACAUGGACGAAAAUGACAGUUAACUCCAGAAAAAUAAAGGUUAUUCUUUUUUUCUUUGUUGGAAAAAAAAUAAAAGGGUAGUUGAACGUAAUACAUACAAGUUGAAGGGUCAUACAAGCACAAUUAAUAAAGAGAAAGGUGAUUCUGUAAAAAUACCUCUUGUACGUAAAUACGGUCGUCAACAAAACCCACAACCGCGUAGAUUCCUCUAUAUUCAAGCAGGCAGACAUCAUAAAACCAAACCCUUCUUCUUUACCACAUUCAAACCAGAAACAAACCUAUACAUACAAACACACACACCGAUGCCUAUAUAGAGAGAGAAACCGAUGCUACUGACGAGAUCUAGAGAGAGAAACAAACCGAGCAUGAAACUCUACUCCAGGCAAAAGCAGCGUGUAGCACCGAGGCGGUUAGAACGAAGAAACGCCAUCAAAAACAUCGAUUACGACGCCUCAACGUCUCCAUCUUCAUCGUUUGAUGAUCAAUUUGAUGAUCAAUCGGCUCACAGAACUCGAUCACUUGAUAUUUCCACGUUAUCCGACCGAACGAGCUUCCGAAUUGAAGGAACUGAAGGUGAAUUUGACGCGAUUUGCAGGCGGCUAGGGUUAUCAGGUCCCGACGAUUUCGCUAUAUCCACGGCGGAUUGGGAGAAACGGCGAUCGUAUUCUCCGACUGGAGGUAGUUUUCCGUCUACUUCUAGGUUUAAUUAUAAUAAUAAUAAUAAUAAUUUGGUUGCAAAUCGAGAUUCAACGGAGAUUAAUUUAUCUGCGAGUUUUGAAAGUAAGGUUAGUUUUAGCGAUGAUGAGGUUAAAUCUGAUGGUGAGGAUGCUAGGGUUUUGGGGAUGGAUGAUGUUGUUAAGCGUGAGGAAGAAGUUAGGGUUUGUACAAUUGAUGAGGAGAGGGUUGGAGUUGGAGUUGGAAAUGAAUGUUUGGAAGUUAGGAAUGGUGGUGGUUUAGGUGCUAGGGUUUUGGAAGAUGGUGGUCAGGAGGAAGUGGAGAAAGCACGUGAGAGACGACGUGUGGAGAGUGGAAGUGGGAUUAAGGGUGUACGGCCGCCGUUACUUGCUCCUCCACCUGCUAUGUCGAGAGUGACUGUGGAUAAUAUGGGUUCAACUUGGGAUUUGGUUAGGAGUUUUGCUCCUAGGGAGGACGAUGAUGAUGAUUUGGGAUCGGAUGGGGCAGGUGAUACGAACGUUGAGACAAGUGGGAUGAUGACGUCAAGGAUUGAUAAAACUGUCUCAACGUCUGAUGAGGACCUGGCAUCAGAUGGACCGGAUGAUGCGAACGUUGAGACAAGCGAGAUGAUGGAGUUGAGAACCGAUACAGCUGUUUCGCCAUCUGGUUCAGAUAGGUUUGGUGAUGAGGAUGAAGGGGCCUCUGUCGUGGCGGUUGAUGUUGAAGGUUCUCUUCUGACCAAUGGAUCCAUCAGGCGCGGUUUUAAAAAUUGGCAAAAGGGUGAUUAUCUUGGAAGCGGUUCUUUUGGCACUGUUUACGAAGGUUUUGACGAACACGGGACUUUUUUUGCUGUGAAGGAGGUUUCUUUGCUUGAUUCAGGUGACCAGGGAAAGCAGAGCAUUUUUCAACUUGAACAGGAAAUAUCUUUAUUAAGUCAGUUCCAUCAUGAGAACAUAGUUCGAUAUCUUGGAACAGAUACGGAUGCUGGCAAGCUAUAUAUCUUUCUUGAGCUCGUGACUAAAGGAUCAUUGGCAAGGCUCUACCAAAAGUAUGAACUGCGGGAUUCCCAAGUGUCAGCUUACACAAGGCAGAUAUUGAGUGGUUUAAAUUACUUGCAUGAACGGAAGGUGGUUCAUAGGGAUAUCAAAUGUGCUAAUAUAUUGGUUGAUGCAAAUGGAUUUGUAAAGCUUGCAGAUUUUGGAUUGGCAAAGGCAACCGCAUUGAAUGACAUUAAAUCUUGCAAAGGGACUCCAUAUUGGAUGGCUCCAGAGGUUGUUAAUAAUAGAUCAAAGAAGGGUUAUGGACUUGCAGCUGAUAUAUGGAGCCUCGGUUGCACUGUGUUGGAGAUGUUAACUCGCCAAAUCCCGUACUCCCACUUGGAGGGGAUGCAAGCACUGUUUAGAAUUGGCAGGGGUGAACCUCCUCCGAUACCCGACACAUUGUCUACAGAGGCCCGGGAUUUCAUACUUAAAUGCUUGCAAGUCAACCCAAAUGACCGCCCUACUGCCGCCCAGCUACUGGACCACCCUUUUGUAAGGAGACGAACGUCUAUGAACCUUGGCAUUGUGUCUCCAGAAUACAAUCCCACGCAGUUGUAGCAGCUUUUAAAUCUCCCAUAGUAAACGAUAUGGGGUUUAAACGUAGUUGGAGAGUAAGCCUGCAUAGCCGAAAUUCCUCCUCCUCCAGCAUUGCUGAUCCCGUCUAUGAAAACAUGUUUGGGCUGUCGUUUAACUGGUUCUGCAUUGUGGUAAAUUGCAUUUGCAGAUGUUGUAUUUUGUUGUAAAGAGUGGCAUGUUGUCUAUAGAGGGAUUUUGUACAUACUUUGGACGAAAGGAAACUCAAUUGUUUGAUUGGUGAACCGGGUUUUUAGGAGUGUUUUAACAUUCUCUCAA